UCCGCCAAUUGUUGGGAACUUCCGCUGUCACUGUGGCAACCAACCAAAUGACGCAUGCGCAGUGAUUGACCGUUGAGGCUGGGCUAUAUGCUGGGAAAGCGGUCAAUGGACGUGUAACCUAAAUACGAUAAUGAUUGGAAGUACAGUAAUAAACCAGCGACAGCAUGUUGGACUGCAGAAACUGUUGGUACUGGCAGCGACUGCACGUUCCCUAUUGGGUGCCAAUGAGAAGUACAAGUUCAUCCAGGAUGAAGCGAGCGGCGAGUCUACUCUUGUCGGCUCGUGUUUGCGCAUCUUGGACAACCUGGAGCACACCUGCGCCGUCGGCCAGCUGGUUUACGAGAGCGUCGAAGCCCACCACAAGGUCUAUCGCACGGGAUCAGGGUGCCUGCUCUUCUUGGCGGGAGCGUGGAGUCGCACAGCCUUGGAGUGUUUAAGAAGCGGGAUUUCGCCGCGUCACAUUGCUGCAGCAAUGACGGAGGGCAUGGAUGUAUGUAUCGACGUUUGCAAAAACAGCAGCAUUUCGUUUGAGGCUCCUUGUGAGUCACCACAGAAACGCAUCACCAAGGUGCCAACCGGCUCCGGACACAUGACUGCCACAGGACUAAAAGCAAGCAAAGUAAAGCUGAGUCGCCAUUUUUGUUGGACUGAGUCUGAGAGCGUUUCAGUUCCGCAGCCUCACCUUCCUGACAUUGCACACCUUGCGGAUGGACUGAGGCACGGUUGCGAUGAUGCAAUGGAUUUAGUUCUUCAAGCCAGUUGUAUGCAGCUAAAAUAUGGACCCAAAGACACACAUUAUGUGUUUGAUGUUAACAAGGUGCUGACGUGUGUGUUGCCAGGCUUCUCAGAGGACCACGCUCACAUUUCCCCAGGCUGUGUUGUUCUUCUCGACGCUGACCAGUCUGCAGUUGCACACAGCCUACAGGACACACCCUUGAAUGUGGCUCUUAUUCAUGGCGAUUUGUCGUGCACUUACCGCCAUCUUGGCUUCAACCAGCCUACAGGCGUGCAACAUGUCAACGACCAGUCAUGUUUGCCGAGUUUAAGCAAAAAGGAAGAGUGGAUGCAAAAGGUUCUGGUGCUUCUGCUGCGCCUAGAAGUGGACCUCGUGCUCGUUAGCGGACUUGUCGGCGAGGAAGUUAUCCAGUGCUGCUGCAAGCAUCGUAUGCUGACAGUGGGAAAGGUUAAGGCCUCAAUUAUAAACGAGAUGGCAAAUGCUACCGGAGCUGUGCCUGUUGCAUAUGCCACACAGCUGAGCAAGCACUGCGUCGGCACCGGGGUCAAAGUUGGCAUUUGGAGAGAAAUUCAGAGCGACCGUAGGACAUGUGUCUAUAUUUACCCUGGCUGUAGGACUCAGUUGGUCACGGCCGUCAUCACGAGCUUCCUACAUAGUAAGCUGCAGGUCUUGGAGGACCGCUUUUGGGCUUGUGCUUAUCGGCUGCAUUAUGCCCUGAAGGACAAAGCUGUGUUGCCCGGCGCUGGAGAGCCUGAGAUGAUUUGUGUUCAUCACCUGCAAAGGCAAGUGAAUGUUGCGCAUCCCAGAGAUGGGCAAACCAACUCUUUCCGUGGCGUUGUGCUGAACCUCAUGGCCGAGGGUUUUGUUGAUUACAUAUCCACGGUCAUGGCUAACUCUGCUGGGAUCUCACAAGUCCAAGCCAAGACUGCAGUCAACCAACAACUGCAAGACUUUAAAGGAGAUCACAAUGUUUCCGCCAAACUAUCCCGACUGGUCCUGGAUUUGGAUGAGAGAAGUCCUCAAUUCUCAGCUGUGAGGUCAGUCAGACCUCGAAAAGUUUAUGACAAUCUGAGCGUGAAAGUAGAGGCGUGGAGGACAGCCCUGGACCUGGUUUUGCUGGUCUUACAGGCGGACGCCGAGAUCAUUACUGGUGUGGAAGAAAGCAGUCGUGGUGCACAAGCAGAACUGAACUUUUUAUGAUCACGUUAUGCAAUUUGUCGAUAAACCACAAUAGAAUCAACAAGGUCAGUAUACCAUUUAAAAAUGUUAACAUAUCUAUUCAGUUUAGCAUCUGGGAAUCUGGUGCACAAUCAGUGGUUGUAAGCAAACUACACACCUGAUGUAAGAGUGAGUUAGAUGUGCAUGUGUGUUAGUCAUAUUUUGCUAUCAUGAAACACAAUCAAUGGUACUUCGGGAUAAGAGUGUCCCAGUUUAUGGAUUUCUUGGGAUACAAGCUUUCUCUCGGCUAAAUGUUAGGCUUUAGGUUGCUAGCAGAAAUUCAGGUUAGGAGCCUCUCAACGGCAAGUUGGCUUGGCGAAGGCUACAGCAAACCCUGUAAACGCCAACCAAAACAUUUUGUCUUACUCGCUAUUAGCUUAAAGCUAGAGAUGAACAACUUUGUUUUUGACUCAUUUCAAUGGGCGACACUUUCACAAUACGAGCUGCAUUACAUAACCAAUUAAACUCGUAUACUGAGGACUACAGUAGACUAGAUGUUCCUGCCAGAAAUCUAAUAUUCAUAUCCAUGCUAAUUUCGGUCACAAUAAUCAUGAUAUAAAAUAUAAUUUUUUCGAUUGUUGCUCUCGAAUGUGUAGAAGUUUAUAAUGUUGACUGAAAAAAUGUAUUGGGUGAAGGAGAUACUCUUUGAAAAUCUGUGAGCAAUCCUAAACCGUGGCUACCAAUGUUUACCACAUGGGGGAGACAAGAGCUGGUUGAUUUUCCGACACACAAUCACUGGGAAUGGUUGUUGGAAAAGUAUACAUUCAGUGUCCAAGUCCUAGUCGUAUAAGUCCUUGACUUGUAAAUGAAAUGAGGCAGUGUUACUCAGCUAACUUGUGCUGCUAUGGAUACCUCCAUAAAGGUUGCAGUCAGAGGUUACAAACAAGAGGCUCCUGUCACAUUUUAAAGGACAGCAACAAGUGUGGCAACAGGUGACACCCAAGGAGUAGUAAUGUAAAACCAGACACAGUAGGCCCUUUUCCAUCAAGUUUAGGAACUUUUGCUUCCUGGAACUUUAGGUUCUUGUAGAAGUGUGUAGCUUAUGUUACAAAUCAGGCUGAUGACGUAACAUAACAACUUAUGGAGUGGUUUAGUGUAUUUCUACAUUGAUACCCUAUAAACACAAUAGUAAGUCACAGUUCUUUUACUAAAAAGUAAGUCAAUGAAACAAAACAAUAAUGUACAAAUCAAUAUGAUUUAAAAAAGCGUACUGAAUUGUUCAUAAAAAGUCAGGCUUUUGUCCGCAAUGUACAACAGCCAAAAAGUCGUCCUGUCAGUAAAUGAUGAAUUGAUGAGGGUCAGGUGGUUCCUUGUGCUCCAUUUCAGCUGUAAAUAACAAUAUAUAAAUAAUAAAUGUCAGUGUUUAUCUCACGCAAACAACACGAACACAUCGGCUUUAGCGUUGGCUUGUUAACAUUAGCAUUCUGUUCACUCGGGUUAAGGCUAAUAACUACACAAAUAGAGUGUCACUGACUACUUUUACAACAUUUAAUAAAAUAAAUAGUUACUAUUUGAUGUUAUUUACCUUCUCUCCACUCGUGUGAUGCCUCCUUUAUUUCACAUUCAUCCAACAAAGUCAGAGUCUUAGUAAGCAGCUGAGGUCGUUGUCGGCUUCAUACUCCUCCAUCAAUACAUUUAAAAGAGUAUGUCCACUUUUCGUAGCUUCGGGUAUCGAAAUUAAGUUUGUAAAAAUAUUAAACAAUUAACCUCAUAUAGUUUAAAGACUACGGCUGGGAAAAAACACUCCAAGAAAGUUCCACUGAUCAGCGUUCUUCAGCACAAACAUGCCCCACAAAAGUUCCUGCAUUUCAAAAGCUCCUUACGUUCUUCUUUCUCUCCGUUGUCAAGUUUGUUGUAUUAGAAACAUAAGAAAUAAGCCGUCCUCGAAUACUCUGCAAUGGCGGUCGUGUGUUUUGAAAAACAUGUUUUAUGAACGCCCCCAAAGGUAUUUAACCAACCUGCGUUCGACAGUACUGCCUGCCCCCGAAAAGGUUCCGGGGAGCUUUGAAAGCUCCCAGCUAGGUAGGAGGAACUCUGAAAGGUUCCUGAAGAACUACAUCUACCCAACUAGUUUUUGGUGGAAACACAAGGGGGAACUUUAUUUCCCUGGGUAAUUGGGAAAAGUCCUGCAAAAGGGCCUCUUGUCAAUUAGUUAAAGCCACUCUGUUUUGCAGUAUAAUCUAUAGCAGGGGUGUCAAACUCAAAUACAGAGUGGGCCAAAAUUUAAAACUGAAGAGUUAGUGCUGCAAAGGGUUCUGGGUAUUUGUUCUGUUGUGUUUAUGUUGUGUUACUGUGCGGAUGUUCUCCCGAAAUGUGUUUGUCAUUCUUGUUUGGUGUGGAUUCAGUGUGGCGUAUAUUUCUAACAAUGUUAAAGGUUUUUACACUGGCACACUCAGUGUAACCUGUAUCGCUGAAGAUCAAGUAUGCGUUGCAUCCACUUCUGUGUGCGUGCCAAAGCCGCACAUAUUAUGUAACUGAGCCAGCACUCGUUGGACUGGACGAAAAAGGGACGUUACAAUUCUCGGGAGGGGCACUGAAAUUUGGGAGUCUCCCCGGAGGUUUGGCAAGUAUGAGAAUUAGCGGUGUACAGCGGCACCGCCGCUGUAUAUAAUCGGCGGGCCAGCUCUAGUGUUAAUUUGAUAUCACUUCACGGGCCAAGUGAAAUUACACGGCGGGCCAAAUUUGGCCCGUGGGCCAGAGUUUGACAUCCAUGAUCUAUGGCUUGUAAUUCCUUACUCAAUGGAUUAUUGAUCAUCUAACUCAGGGGUCGGUAACCCGCGGCUCCGGAGUAGUGAUGGGAUCGGCAGUUCUUUUGACUGUA